UUUUUUACAACGCUGUUACCUACGCUGUUUUUUGACAACUGUACAAUAUUAUAAUUUUCACAGAAUAAUUUAGAAAAUCUCAAGAUUUUUUCAUUAAAAUACCAUGAAUUCAGCCACAAAAGUGGGUGAAAUAUUCACUGCUGCUGGUCAGGCUUUUAGUCGCUUAGGAGAUUUAACAAUGCAAUUACAUCCAAAUGCAGAAUCACCAGCGGGAAAAUGGACUGAUGAAGAAAUUGAUAUGCUGCAUGCAUCAAUAAUACGAUUCUCAGAUGAUUUAAAUAAAAUCAGUUUAAGCAUAAAAAAUAGGACAGUGACCCAAAUUAGACAAGCACUAAAGAAGAAGGCGUUUGAGGAUGCCGGUAUACCAGCGAAGCAAGUACCAAUGCAACAGGUACAACAUGUGGUACAAACGGUACAGCAAAUUCCGCAAACAACAACGACGCAUCAACAACAUCAGACACAACAACAGCAGCAGCAACAACAACAACCGCAGACAUUACAGAUACAGCAGCAGCAACCAACUCAUCAGAUUCUAAAACAUCAUAUUGUACAGCAGCAACAGCAUCAGUCGUCCCAGCAGCAACAACAGCAAACAGUUAUUGCAACGGGUGUCUUAAAUACCCAACAGACUUCUCAGCAGCAGCAUCAUCAGACGCAGCAACAGCAGCAUCAUCAUCAGACGACAACGCAGCCUCAAACGGUGCACAUACAAAAUAUUCAGCAUAUUGUACCUUUACAACAAUUAUUACAACAACAAUCAUCGACAACCUCCACGCCCACACAAAUCUUACAAACAACGCCUAAACAAAUUAUAAUUCAAGCAUCGCCACACAAUGCAACAUCAUUGGGAGGUGGUAGUGUGGGUGGCGGCAGUGGUGGUGGUUCUAGUGGUGCAGCCAGUAUUGUGACCUUGAAUAAUGUAACAACAACAAAUUCACCCCAAUUGACCCAGCCACAAAUUGUCCACUUACAGCCGCAACAAUUUCAACAACUACAACAAGCCCAGGCGCAACAGCAACAGACACAUAUUUUGCAACCCACCCAUGGGAGUAUUGCACCGACAACUGUGACACUACAACAGUUCCAGCAAAUACAAGCCUCCAAAGGUAUUUUAACAGUGCAACAACAUCAACAGCAGCAACAUCAGGCGGCGACAGCAGCCACAUCCACCGUGGUCACCAUUAAUAAUGCUGCCCUAACAAAUGUUGUGGCAUCCACACCAUCUUCAGCAGCCACAUCAUUGAAUACGAAUAUAUCCAAUGCAUUGUCCACCCCACCUGCAGCUUCGACGGUAACAGUAACCGAGAAUAUUGUUUUACAACAACCAACCAAUACCACAGUGGGCAGUAGUGGAGCUCAAGUGGUAAGCGGCGGUACAUUGUCUUUACCGGCGGGUCAUAAUGCCACGGUUACCACAAAUGCAAUAUCCCCAUCGGUUACCAAUAAUUUGGUAACCAAUUCUACAAAUGCUGCGCUAGUAACGCAGUCCACCACAAUAGUAUCGCCCGGAUCAACAUCUGUUGUUCCCAGCCCUACUACCACCCUGGCAGCUGCCACCACAGCAACCAGUGUGGCAUUGAAGUCAUCCGGUCCAGAUGUUACAAUGACCCUGAAUCGCAUCAAUACCGCGGAACAUGAAGUUGAUGUGGAGGAGUGUUUGCCCGGCGAUGUUGUUAAGUUGGAUUUUGCCGGUGAGGAGGUGGCCGGGUGAAAGUUUACUUCAAAAAGUUUGCGGGCGUUACAACGACGAUCAUCAACGU